CUUGUCUCAACUCUAGCACUAGUCAUCUCACCCAGGAUGAUCGCCCUAGUCGCGCGCCGCGCGCUCUCCACUCCGCUCGCCCGGCCCCUCUCAGCGCGCUACUCAUCUACCGCCUCGACGCUGCUGGUGGAGGACCGCGGCCCGACGCGCCUCAUCACCCUCAACCGGCCGCAGCAGCUGAACGCGCUAACGCCGGCAGACCUGGACGCGUUCAUCGCGGCGGUCGAAGAAGCGCCGGCGGCGAUCCGCGCGAUUGCGGUGACGGGCGCCGGCCGCGCCUUCUGCGCGGGGAUGAACACGACAGCCUUCUCGGGCCUGGACACGGGCGCGGCGAAAGCGCUGAUCUCGCGUGUCGGGCGUGCCGUCGGCGCGCUCCGCCUCUCGCCGAAAGUCACCGCCGUCCUCAUCAACGGAUACUGCCUCGGCGCAGCGUUCGAGAUGGCGCUCGCGGCGGACUUGCGCAUCGCGUACCCCGGCGUCCGCGUCGGCUUGCCCGAGACCAAAGUCGGCAUUCCGAGCGUCGUGGACGCCGCGCUGCUCCGCCACCACGUCGGGCUGAGUAUGGCGAAGGAGAUGCUGCUUCUCGGCGAGAUAUAUUCCGUCGAGGAGCUCGGGGCGCGCUUCGUCAAUGUCUAUGCCGAGGAGGGCGCGCUCGUGGACACGGGCGAAGAGGUUUUGGGUAAAGUCGCAGAGCUUACACCCGUCGUCAUGGCCGCGCAGAAGGAGCUUAAUGAGGCGUGGAUGAACGAGAGCCAUGUCGACGGCAUCAAGCGGAGUAUUGAUGUGUUUGCGCGCGUCUUCGCGGAUCCUAGUACGCACGAGGCGGUGGAGAAGUACAAUGUUAGAAGGAAGAAGUAGUGUGAGCACACUGUGAGCUGCGGAUUUGCGGACUUGCGGAUCAGCGGAGACGACUUUAGAUGCGGCAUGUACGCGCUGUUCGUCUACAGCAUGUAGCCUUUGCCAUGUACAGAGUCCAGCGCGCGGCGCGGCGCGAGAGUGGAGGCGGGGUACGCUCCCGAUUACACGCUCACAUGCUGCUCAUGGAUCACUAUAAUGCCUUACGAUACACCCAGCCAUAGAUCUCCGAGUCUCCUGUCUAUCGUACAUAUGUACACACGUG